AUGGCGACCAUGGAGACAGAGUCGAGGAGGGCGUUGGCGAGGCUGGAGACCAGAUUAGUGGCAUCGAGACUGGAGGUGGUGAUGCAGACAUUGGGGCAGCCGGUGGAGCGGGUGUGGCCGGAGGUGGCGAAGACCUCACCUAGCUCAUGUGUGGAGGAGGUGGUUGAUGAUGGAGGGAGAGCAGAUGAGGGCCUGGUGCAUCUCUAUGGGAGCGCCGUCGGGGUAGGCAAAGACAUCAGUGACGUCCUCAUGCUCGAGGGCUUCGACGAGGAUGUCCACAACAUUGCGGGGCUCAUUGGAGAAGUAGUGGAGAGGGGAGGGGGCGGCAGUGGAGGGGGUGGGGGAGGUGGUGAGAGGCGCCCGAGGCUUGGAGAGGGGGAGGCGAGGGGGGUUGGUGGCACCGGAGUCAGGGGAGGGGAGGGGAGGAGGUUUGGUGGUGUUGGAGCUGGGAGAGGAGAUGGGAGGGGCUUCGAUAGUCGCAUGGAGCCGGUUGCGGUAUGA